AUGUCGAUCAUUCCUCAGGGCGAGGCGGCGUGGGAGAGCGGCGGUGGGUCGUUCCAGUACCCGCAGUUGAUGGUGAAAAACUACAAAAACUGGGUGAUUCAAGUGCAGGAGAUGAUAGAAGAUCAAGGUGUUUGGGAGGCAGUCGAGCCAGCGGCCAGUGCGGCCGUCGACGAGAAGAAGGACAAGAAGGAGAGGUUGCAUCUCUUCCAAGCACUCCCGGAGGAUCUCCUGAUGCAGGUGGCAAGGAAGAAAACAAGAAAGGAGGUAUGGGACUAUCUCAAGACAAGGUUUGUCACCGCGGAUCGCGUCAAGAACGCGUGGCUUCUAAUGUUGAAGAGCGACUUCAAUGCCAUGCGCAUGCAGAAGGGAGAGAGCCUGGGCCAGUAUGCUGGAAGGCUCAACAACAUGUCCGUCAGGUACGCAAACCUAGGGGAGACGCUCGACGAUGCUGCAUUGGUCAAAAAGUUGUUCGACACCGUGCCAGAUCGAUUCCUGAGUGUGAUCACUGGGAUCAAGCAGUUCUACGACCUCGACAAGAUGCCGUUCGAGGAAGUCGUGGGGCGACUUAAGGCGUUUGAAGAACGUGCUCACCCGCGUGGAUCCGGUGGCAAUAGCAUCAAUGAUAGCCAGCUCCUGUUCACUCAGGCCGAGUGGCAGGUGCAACAGAAGAAGGAUAGUGGCAACUCCUCAUCAAGCAACAAGGGCAAAUCCCACAUUGCUGUAGAUAGCAGCAACCGUGGCCGGGGUGGUCGUGGAUGCAGCAGAGGUCAUGGCAGAGGUGGUCACGGUGGGAUGUCAUGCAAUGCCGAGGAGAGCGGCUCUGGCGGUGGUCGCUGCAAUAAGAGCCACAUCAAGUGCUACAACUGCUACAAGAUGGGGCACUACGCGAACGAGUGCAAGGCACUAAAGAAGAAGGAAGAGGAGACACAUCUAACUCAUGCUGGUGACAUCGAACUGGCCCUGCUACUCGUGGUGUCAGAAGAGCCAGCACAAGAACAGCAGCACCAGCGGGGAACCAUGCUGCUGAAUGAGGAGAAGUUGAAGCCAGAACUGCGCGACACCACGAAAGGAGGCUCCAGCUUUGAGUUUUGGUACCUGGACAAUGGAGCCAGUAACCACAUGACCAGUGACAAAGAGAAGUUCAAAAAUCUGGACAACUGUGUCACUGACAAGGUGAAGUUCGGGGAUGGCUCCACCAUGCAGAUCAUGGGCUUAGGGUCUGUUGUGUUUAGCUGCAAGAACGGUGACCAAUGGCUGUUGCAGGAGGUCUAUUACAUUUCAAGACUGUGCAGCAAUAUCAUCAGCCUUGGACAACUUAUCGAAGUUGGACACAAGGUGAUCAUGGAUGCUGAACAUCUACGUGUGUAUGAUAAUAGUCCUGUAUGGUUGCUAAUGAAAGUGAGGCGAGCUCCAAAUUGCCUCUAUAAGAUCGAGCUGCAUCAAGCGACGCUGGUGUGUCUCUUAACCAGCCUUGAAGACCAGGUGUGGCUCUAG